CCCGCCCCGCCGGCAGCAGGGGAAAGUUUUGGCGAGCGAGGCGGCCCGGGCGGAGCUCCCGGCGGAGGAAGACCGCAGCCACCCCCGGCCCGACCCAGCGCCCGCGUGGGGCCGGCGGCUGCGACCCGCAGCUCCCCCCUCUCCAGCCCAGCCCAGCAGCAGCGCCGCCUCCUCCCGAGUCCGUGCCCGCCCCCCUGCAGCAUGGGCAGUGCAGUGGCGGCCGCCGGGAGCCCGGGCGCGCGGGGCUGAGAGCAGCAGCACCAGCCACGGGAUUACAGCAGCAGCAGCGGCAGCGCCGGGAUGCGGGACAGCAGGAGCCGCCGCCUGGGCGCAGGAGCCAGAGCCGGCCGGGCCGGGGCAGCCGCUAUCCUGCUGCUGCUGCUCGGGCCGUGCUCCGCCGUGGAGGAGAAGAAAGUAUGCCAAGGAACAAGUAACAAGCUGACACAGCUGGGGAAUCUGGAGGACCAUUUCAUCAGCCUGCAGAGGAUGUAUAGCAACUGUGAGAUAGUACUUGGCAAUCUGGAGAUAACGUAUGUGGAGCGCAAUUAUGAUCUCUCAUUCCUGAAGACGAUACAGGAGGUUGCAGGUUAUGUGCUCAUAGCGCUCAACACUGUGGACAGCAUUCCAUUAGAGAAUCUCCAGAUCAUCCGUGGGAAUGUGCUGUAUGAUGGCUUUUAUGCACUGGCAGUUUUAUCCAAUUAUCAAAUGAAUAAAACCAAGGGACUCAGGGAGCUGCCAAUGAAACGGCUGUCAGAAAUUCUUAGUGGAGGAGUUAAAAUCAGCAACAAUCCCAAACUAUGUAACAUGGACACAGUUCUCUGGGAUGAUAUUAUUGAUAUCAGCAAAAAACCUCGUCUGCUUUUGGAUUCUCCAAGUAAUCUGACUAAUUGUCCAAAAUGCCAUUCAAACUGCACAGAAGAUCACUGCUGGGGUGCUGGAGAAACGAACUGUCAAACAUUGACAAAAGUCAUCUGUGCCCAGCAGUGCUCAGGCCGGUGCAGGGGAAGGGUCCCCAGUGACUGUUGUCAUAACCAGUGUGCCGCUGGGUGUACAGGGCCUCGAGAGAGUGACUGUCUGGCAUGUCGCAAGUUUCGCGAUGAAGCAACCUGCAAGGAUACUUGCCCACCUUUAGUUCUGUAUAAUCCCACCACCUACCAGAUGGAUGCCAAUCCAGAUGGAAAAUACAGCUUUGGAGCCACGUGUGUGAAGAAAUGUCCCCAUAACUAUGUGGUGACAGACCAUGGCUCCUGUGUUCGGUCAUGUAAUGUUGAUACCUAUGAAGUGGAAGAAAAUGGUGUUCGGAAAUGUAAAAAGUGUGAUGGGAUUUGCAGCAAAGUUUGCAAUGGGAUCGGAAUAGGUGAACUUAAAGGGAUUCUCUCCAUCAAUGCUACAAAUAUUGACUCUUUCAAAAAUUGUACCAAGAUCAAUGGGGAUGUCAGCAUCCUGCCAGUAGCAUUCUUUGGUGAUGCAUUCACAAAAACCAAACCUUUGGACCCAAGGAAACUAGAUGUCUUUAAAACAGUCAAGGAAAUAACAGGGUUUUUGUUGAUUCAAGCUUGGCCUGAAAAUGCCACCGAUCUCUACGCUUUUGAAAAUCUGGAGAUUAUAAGAGGCAGAACUAAGCAACAUGGUCAGUAUUCUCUUGCUGUAGUUAACCUAAUGAUACAGUCCCUGGGAUUGCGCUCGCUCCAGGGAAUAAGUGAUGGUGAUGUGGCCAUCAUGAAAAACAAAAACCUCUGCUACGCUGAUACAGUGAAUUGGCACAGCCUAUUUGCAACACCUACUCAGAAAACAAAAAUUGCACAAAACAGAAAUAAAACUGAAUGUGCCACUGCAAGACACGUGUGUGACCCCUUAUGUUCAGAUGUUGGGUGUUGGGGGCCAGGACCCUCCCAUUGCUUUUCCUGUCGUUUCUUCAAGCGUCAGAGGGAAUGUGUGAACCAGUGCAAUAUAUUGCAAGGAGAGCCAAGAGAAUUUGAAAAAGACUCUGAAUGUCUCCCGUGUCAUGCAGAAUGCCUGGUGCAAAACUCAACAGCAUACAAUGCAACUUGCACAGGACCUGGACCAGACAACUGUAUGAAGUGUGCCCAUUAUAUUGAUGGUCCUCACUGUGUUAAAUCCUGCCCAGCUGGAGUCCUGGGUGAGAAUGAUACCUUAGUCUGGAAAUAUGCAGAUGAAAAUUCAGUUUGUCAGCUCUGCCAUCCAAAUUGCACUCGGGGGUGCAAAGGGCCCGGUUUGGAAGGAUGUCCAAAUGGCUCCAAAAUCCCAUCUAUUGCAGCUGGUGUUGUUGGAAGUCUCCUUUGUUUGGUUGUGAUUGCUUUGGGGAUUGGUCUUUACCUACGCAGGCGGCAUAUUGUUAGAAAGCGUACGCUGCGCAGGCUUCUUCAGGAGAGGGAGCUUGUUGAACCUCUAACACCCAGCGGGGAAGCACCAAACCAAGCUCAUCUGAGGAUUUUAAAGGAAACUGAAUUUAAAAAGGUCAAAGUUCUGGGCUCUGGAGCUUUUGGUACUGUUUAUAAGGGACUCUGGAUUCCUGAAGGAGAGAGAGUUAAAAUUCCUGUUGCUAUUAAGGAAUUGAGAGAGGCUACAUCGCCAAAAGCCAAUAAGGAAAUACUUGAUGAAGCUUAUGUAAUGGCUAGCGUUGACAAUCCUCAUGUAUGCCGCUUGCUGGGAAUCUGCCUUACUUCCACCGUCCAGCUUAUCACACAGCUUAUGCCAUAUGGCUGCCUCCUUGACUACAUCCGAGAGCACAAGGACAACAUUGGCUCCCAGUACCUUCUCAACUGGUGUGUGCAGAUUGCAAAGGGAAUGAACUACUUGGAAGAACGUCGCUUGGUGCAUCGUGACCUGGCUGCCAGAAAUGUCCUUGUUAAAACUCCUCAACAUGUGAAGAUCACUGAUUUUGGAUUGGCAAAACUACUUGGUGCUGAUGAGAAAGAGUACCAUGCAGAAGGAGGCAAAGUUCCGAUUAAAUGGAUGGCCUUGGAGUCAAUUUUACACCGCAUUUAUACCCAUCAAAGUGAUGUCUGGAGUUAUGGUGUCACAGUCUGGGAAUUAAUGACAUUUGGAUCAAAGCCUUACGAUGGGAUUCCAGCCAGUGAAAUUUCAUCCAUCUUGGAGAAAGGCGAGCGUUUGCCUCAGCCUCCAAUCUGUACCAUUGAUGUGUAUAUGAUCAUGGUCAAGUGCUGGAUGAUUGAUGCCGACAGCCGCCCAAAGUUUCGGGAGCUGAUUGCCGAGUUCUCCAAAAUGGCUCGAGACCCCCAGCGUUAUCUUGUUAUACAGGGAGAUGAAAGAAUGCACUUGCCAAGUCCUACAGAUUCGAAGUUUUAUCGCACCUUGAUGGAAGAGGAGGACAUGGAAGAUGUUGUUGAUGCAGAUGAGUACCUCAUUCCACAGCAGGGAUUCUUCAACAGCCCUUCAAUAUCCCGGGCUCCCCUCUUGAGCUCAUUGAGUGCCACCAGCAACAAUUCAACCACAACCUGCAUUGAUAGAAAUGGGCAAGGGCAUCCAGUGAGAGAAGACAGCUUUGUCCAGCGGUACAGUUCAGACCCAACUGGUGUUUUCUUGGACAGGAGCAUAGAUGAUGGCUUCCUGGCUGCCCCUGAAUAUGUAAAUCAGUCGAUCCCCCCAAAACCACCUGCCUCUCUGGUACAGAAUCCAAUCUACAACAAUUUCUUGCUCCCAGCAGAUUCAAAGCCCUCUACAGACUCAAGAUGUCAGAAUUCCCACAGCACAGCAGUGGACAACCCAGAAUAUCUCAACACAAACCAGUCUCCUUUUGCCAAAACGAUUUUUGAGAGCUCCCCUUAUUGGGAACAAACUGCCAAUCACCAAAUAAAUCUGGACAACCCUGACUACCAGCAGGACUUUUUACCUAAGGAAACAAAGCCUAAUGGCCUGUUUAAAGUUCCUGCAGCAGAAAAUCCUGAAUACUUAAGGGUAGCAGCACCAAAAAGUGAAUAUAUUGAAGCCUCAGCAUGACCACAGAGAAUCCCAUCUUGCAGUAAUAAGAAUGGAAAUCCAGGUGAAUACUCUGACUGCUGCAAGAUAUUAACAGGUAGAACAGUAUCCACAAUGCACGCUUUUUCCUUUCAAGCAUGUGGGCUGAAUUCACCAAGCUCAUUUUACAGCAUAAGGUGGGCCUUUUCUUGCCCAUUUCCAUACGUAACUUAGGCACAUACCAUCCACUUGUAUGCAUGUUGGGAUAAAGCAAAGACUUAUGCAAAUAAGAAAUUGCAGGAACAUUCCUUCUGUUUUCAAAUGGUAGCAUUAUAAAAAGCCAUUUGGGGAUGAAUUUUAAGAGCUGUCCUCAUUGUAAAGUUGAAUUCCUUUCUACAGUGCACAUUUUUUUGUAAACUUUUCUAUCAGGAGUUUUUUGGAUCUCUGAGAAGAUCACAAGCUUAUACUGUUGGACUGUUGUAUGACCUUCAGAUAGCCAGAAAAAGAAAAGAGCAAGACAUUAUUUAAUAUGGUAAGAAGAGUUUUGCAAAACUUUUGGAACAUAAAUAGUUGUUCCAAGUCAUUGUACCUUGGAUAUUGGCUCCAUUUCCUGCUUCUUCAUACAACCAGGGAGAAGAAAACAUCUGGGAGAACUGGGGAGAUUCUGCUCAGUAAGGUGUUUUUUAAUGGAACAGGUUGGAUGGCAGCCCACAUUCCCUACUGACCACUACUGUUGAAAACCAACAGGGAGAACUCAGCACAUAGAAGAGUUGCUUAUUAAGUACUUGCUAGGUUAUUGUCUGUAAGGUGAAUACCAUGCUUUCAGUCUGUUCCAUUGUUUAGCUCUAGACUUGUCAAACAUUACACUUUUUAUAAAUGGUACUUUUAAAGAUGUUGCUGAAACUGAAAAAUGAAGAACCAAAUUCCCUUCGAUUCAAACUUUAUUGGGCAAACUUGCUAAAUGUCAAGGAAAUGCAAAAAGUUUGUAAGUGGAAUCAUCAGCAAGACAGCAAGUGAUUAGAAUACAAAUGGGCAAAAUUUAAACUUGGCAUGGACAAAAAUGCAAAAAAUUUGGCCCAGGAAAUAAGUUGUUUUUUGUUUUUUUUUUAAAGUAGCUCAAACAAUGAAUCCUUUUCUUGUAAAAAUAAAUGGGUAAAGAAAGGAUUUAAAAAUGUGCGAGCAUUAUUAUUUAAUUUUGUAGUUAUUGUUUAUUAUUAUUAUUAUUAUUAUUAUUAUUAUUAAAAAAUAACCCCAUUGCAGAGGAAAGCCAAUAGCUGAGGCACAACAGGGGAACAGCUUGUCACUUAGUUAUCUACCAUGUUAAGCUCUCCCUGUCCUGGGAAUGGAAGGAAUCAGAGAAACAACGAGAAUAUACCUCAAAACAUUUGAUCUAUUUGACUCUUCUGUAAUGUAAGGCUAGAGAAAAUUCUAAAGGAGUCUGUCUCCUUUGAUAAUCCCAGCACAAAUAUCUAAUGGUCACAGUGGAAUAGUCAGUCAUUCCAGGUAAAUAUUUGUCUUGAUAAGAAAAAUAUACCUUCUAUUGAUUUUGUAUAUAAAACUUACUAUACCAGAAGCUACCAAGAUUACCAGAAGCUUCUUUUAUUGUGAAUAGGCUGGGAGGGAGAACUACUUCCAGAACUACUGGAAACUUGUCAGUACUUUUUGUUAAUGUUUUUCCAUAUCUUCUUUGAAAGGAGUAGGGAAAAAUAAUACUUAAAGCACUGAUUCCAAGAAUAAUAGUAAUAUGGAGACAUCUCCCACCUAAUUUGGAAAACACUACAACCCACUGCAAUACUGUUGAUCUGUAAAACUGUAGGAAACUGUCAGAUUAUACCAUGAAUAUAAAUUGAAUUGUCCUGUUUUGCAGAAUACUGAAGUGUAGCUUUGCACUGAUAACCUGCACAGAUGCAGUAAAAUGUCAGUAACAAUCCAGAAUCUGGUACAAGAAAGGAAAUAUGGUUGAAAUUCAUGUGUUGUGUCCUAUCCUUAGGUAUAUCCCUCUCACAAUGACUGAAUCCGAAUCAGAGCCUUACAGGGAAUGCAAUGUCUCACUUUGAUUCUUUAAUGCUUAUUUAAAGCAUUAAAUAAAAUUCUGCUCUCCAAUACAAAUUUACACUUGUAUAUCUGAGAACAAAAUUCAGUGAAUUGUGUUGUGAAAAUGCAAUAGAUGCGUGUGUCAAGACAUCUUCUUUUUUCAUUAACAGUCUCAUACGGUAAGGAUAGACACGCAUGAAAGAUUGUAACAGAAGCCAUAAACAGUUAAUUAGUAUGCUAAAUUUAUUGCAUCUCCCAGCAAUAUAGCAUAAUACAAUAUUAUGUAUUUCAUUAUAGAGUCUUUACUAUACCACAGAAGGAUUAAGGGUUAAAAAUGUUAUUUAAAAACAAUACACACUUAAGAUGUAGCACAAUUUUAGCAGCAUUAUGUAGCAUGGAAACUAUAUAAUACAGGUUAACCUCCCUGUACUUUUCAACAAGGAUUUUAUAACAUAGCUACCUUGAAAUCUGAAUCAUGUAACUCUGUUUAUUCAGAGUUUCAGAAAUUUAAAGUUGGGUUGUUUGUCUUUUAAUUUAUAUUUUUUAAAUCAGAAAGUUGAUAUAUAUAUAUAUAUAUAUAUAUGCUACCUUCUCAUGCAAGUAUUCUCUCUAGUUUAUGAACUAUCAAUGUAUGUCUUGACUCCAAGCUUACAAACUAGUAAUAUUUUAAAACAAUGUUAAUAAAUAAGUAUCAAAUAAGCCAUGAUUUUUCUAAUAGGCAGCUCAUCACUAACUUGAAAGUAGCAAGUAUAUUAGUGUCAGCUCAGCUUCCUUGCAUUAAAUCAAGACUCUCUGGGCAUUUGUAUACAUGCUUGCACUGCAGCACUGGGAGUUCUAAAGGCACGCGGUGCUUCAGCGCAUGCAUUUGUAUAAAGGGUGACAUGUUCAUCAGUGCUGAGAAAAUGGCAGCAGCACGGUUUUGAACUAAAAUACAGCAGAGGUGUUUCAGUUAAAAAAUGCACCACCAUCAUUUUCUCAGCACUGACUCACAUUUUGCUGUUUAUACAAAUGCAUGUGAUGCAGCGCCGGGUGCAUCAGGUCACAUGCGGAGCAGACUUAAUUAAUCGAGUCUGUUCUGACAUGCUGGAUCUCCAUGCCCCCCUCCCUCCCUUGCUACGCUGCAUACCCAGACACCCCUGCUGCUGCACAGCACACCCCUACUAUUGCUCCCUGUGCCUCCCUGCUGCAAACCAUGCUCCCAUGCCCCAACUUGUCCUUAGCUUCCCAGCUGUGAGCUUCCCCACUCCACCAAGGCACUCAGGCAUGCUGGGCUACAGGCUCCCCCAGCACUGACAGCUCUGCUGUGCUACCUUUCCCUCUUGGGCAGGGGCAGGACCAAUAAGGAGAUGCUGGAGAGAGCGGGAUCCUGGACACCUCAGCUACUGUUGUAGCCGGAGCAAUGGGGGGGGAGCAGCAGCCAGGUAAUGUCCGGGGGGGGGCACUGCAAUUUAAUCCCUUGUGGGCCAGCAGUUAGACAUCUCUGUAUGAAACCAUUUCUAAUGCUAUUUAAGAAUAUUAUUGUAACUAAAUGGUGUAAAUGAUCGUUUUUUGUACUUAAGCACAACAGUGGUGCCAAGCAGGGAUCCUGCUUAGAACCAUAGGUAACUGAAAGGAUAAAAGGUGGCUACGGACCCACUUCACAGUUAUGGGAUUUUGCUAGAUGUGCUGUUCUGUGAACUGUGCCCACUAGAGGGCAACAAUAAGCUUAAAUCUCUGAGUGCUGGUAAAGGAGAAUGUUUUUACAUUUUUAAUAUGGAAGCACUUCCUGAUUUUGAUGAGUUGGCAACGAUAUUGAAUUGCAAGAUUAGCAGAAAAGAAGCACCUCUUGUGUAAAGGUCUAUUAUAAAUAAAACAUUUUCUAAAUACUAGAAUUUUAGAGACCAAUGCAACUUUAAGAGGUCUUGUAUUGCCUGUUAACAAGAAAAAAUUGCCUAAACUAUGAGAUCCUGCAGACCACAACAGAUUUUGUAGAAUUCCACGUCAGAAGUGUUUUGAAAAACAUCACCACCAAUAAAUUUCAAUGUAGGGAGGAAUGCUGCUGGAGAGGACUAUAUGUACUUGAUAUUUCACAACUGAUAACAAUUCAAAUAUUUUUAAAAUAAUUUCACAGUAAAACCAUACACACAGAGAUCAUUACAAAUUCUGAUCAACUGCAGAAUGCCAAGUAAUCCAACCUAAAGUCAGAAUUGUUGCAUCAUUUUAGUCUUGUUCAGCGUUCUUUGCACACUGCCUAGCUUAGAUUGGCUUGAAAUUGCUUUGUUUGAACUAGGAGAGUUGGGAAGGGAAAUGUGGUUAAAGUGAAUUCACUGCCAAGUUUGAUGCCUUAGGCUGCAAACAGACUCAUAGAUUCAUAGAUGUUAGGGUCGGAAGGAACCUCAAUAGAUCAUCGAGUCCGACCCCCUGCAUAAGCAGGAAAGAGUGCUGGGUCUAGAUGACCCCAGGUAGAUGCUCAUCUAACCUUCUCUUGAAGACCCCCAGGGUAGGGGAGAGCACCACCUCCCUUGGGAGCCCGUUCCAGACCUUGGCCACUCGAACUGUGAAGAAGUUCUUCCUAAUGUCCAAUCUAAAUCUGCUUUCUGCUAGCUUGUGGCCAUUGUUUCUAGUAACCCCCGGGGGCGCCUUGGUGAAUAAAAACCCACCAAUUCCCUUCUGUGCCCCCGUGAUGAACUUAAAGGCAGCCACAAGGUCGCCUCUCAACCUUCUCUUGUGGAGGCUGAAAAGGUCCAGUUUCUCUAGUCUCUCCUCGUAGGGCUUGAAACAUCUCAUUUAUCCCAGGAUAAAUCCUAAAACAGUUUACUAGCUAAGAAGUACUAACAGUUUAUCCAAGGAUAUUGCAGACUACAUCCUGGGAUUACAUCAAAUGGUAGAAAAGCAGUGCUGCAUUCAGCCACUCACUAAACUGUGAUCAGAAGGACAGCACGUACAUGCCAAUCCUGGGAUAUGAGUCAAACAAGUUGAGCACUUCAUAUUGGAGAGUAUCUGAGAUAUCUUGAGUCUGAGCGUGACUCAUGAUUAUGUCAGCAAGACAUUUUGCAUUUCCUGACAAGCAUGCAUUUUUCAGAGUAAAAUUCAACAUCUGCUAUAGCACACAAGCUGCUACCUCUUCAAUGUCAGUGGUUAAAACUGCUCUAGCUUUUUUCUUUUACAUUUCUCUGUGAGAAAACAUUUUAAUUGAGACAAAGUAAUCACAUGUAUUUGUAUUCCCCCUUCUUACUGAAAAUGUACACUAAUGAAACCUUAAACUCUGUAUAAUAACACUGCCAAGCAUGACAUGUUUUAUAGUGCUGUUAGAUCACCACUAAACCAGACUUUUUGUAUUGAAAUCCUGGCUUUCUACCUUUGUUUCCUCAGUGUGUUUGGUUUCUUCUCCGCUCAAACUUACAACUUGUUAAGAAGACUUCAAAAAAAAAAUGAAAUAGGGGAAAAAAAGAAUUUAUAUAAAAGAAAAACAAGAUAUCUUUUAAUAGCUUUUUAAACAGGCUGCAUUAGGACCAAAGAUAGAAUGUCUUAUUUUAUUGCUUUAAAUUAACUGACUGUAAAUUCCACAACAUUUUGUCUAGGAGAGUGGGGAAGAACAGGUCCCUGGUGCUAGCCCUGCCACAGAAUAUGCAGGAAGUUCUGCUACAAGGUGUGGGUCUCGGCAUGAAAACAGACUUGCCAUACAAAUGCAGUCUGGAGAAUUGGGACCAUAUAAGACUUGUGCCAAAUCUGGAGCCUUGACUCAAUUUUGCCUUAAAAAAAUCUACUCUGAAGAAAAAAACCCUUUCAUUGAAUUUAAUGGGAUGUUUGUCCAAUUAAGGACUUGAGUGAAAAAUGAAUGAAGUUGGCUUUGGCUCAUUGUCAGGCAAAAUAUAGAUUUGCAGAGGAUGAGUGAUUUAGAUCACUGCUUUUUAGGUAUGUGGGCAGACAAUAAGACUAGAGACUUGCAAGCAUGUUUUUGGCUAAAUAUUAAUGAUGGGGGAGCUCAAAACAUGAACAUUUCAUGAGAAACUUCUGUUUCCCUGCCAUUGCUUCUGCCUGCUUUGGAUGCUGUACACAAUUUGAGGGCUCCUACUUCUCAUUAACCCUAUGGACUCAGAAUUAUAGUUGUAAUUUUCUAUUAAUAUUAAUGGCAGUCAGUGCGCAUAUAUCCUUUAUCCACCUAAAUGGAAAUCGGUACUUACAUGGUUCAGAAGGAUGGAAUAUUCUUAGGCUCUGACAUAGUCGAGGCACAGCAAUCACUCAGCAAUAUCUUAAUUAAGGAAAAACGUUUUUUAAGACAUAAAAAGAGAAUCUGGAACAUAGCUGCCAAAAACCACAUAAUAUAUUGAGCCAAAUCUUGGUCCCACUAAAGCCAAUGGAGAAAUGCCUUAAGCCAGACUGCGGUCAUUUAUGUUUUGCUGUUUUCUACAUCUUGCCCUUACCCUUUUCUAACUUCAUUGUGGUAAAAGAAGGGCAAGGGGGUGAGGAUAUGGGUGUGACACGAAGGAAAAUAUGCCACCUCAUUGUAACACCUCUCUACUAGUUUCAUGAGGGAUUUAUCUACAUGUAACAAUCAGUGUAACCAUCUUAACCCUCCCAGUUGUGCUGGAGUUUGCCCAAAACAUCCUUUUAAUAUUCUAUAAUCCAUCUGAUGGGUGGAGAUUUUCCAAAGCUAUCAGUGUUGCUCUGACAGUUUGUAAAAGGGGUUGUGUGAAACCGAGAGGCCUGUGAUAGCUGGGGCUUAUGUACCUAACUCUGUACCCACUGAAAUCAAUAGGAGUUUUAGCACUGUGUUUGUACUGCAUCAAAGCACAAUGAAACUAAUGUUAAAUGGUUUUGAAAAUCCUUCCUUCCCACUACACAUAGAGAUCCUAUGGAUCCAAUGCCCAUUUUAAGCUGGUCUUUAAUAAUGCAAUCAACUGAGCAUAAGGAAUAAUGUCUUGGUUUUAACAUACUCUUAAGCAAUAUCUCUAUGGGUAUAGAUGGUACCUUUCAAUAAUUGUAAAAGUUUUCCAACUAUGGAAGCACUAUUUGUACAAAUAAACACUGUCUUUUUAUAUGGUUUCAUGAUUUAUACUAUUGAUUAAAGAUUGUUUGUAUAUUGAGCGAUAAAAAAUAAGGUGUAUAUUAUUCUUUUAAAUUGUUUUUAAUUUUUGAAGCGCAUUUAUUGUAAUAUACUGUUGCACUGGGGGAGGAUCAUGUUGGCUGGUUUGUAGGGUAAUUAUCUGUGGAUGAGUUAAUGGUAAAGGUUCUUUACUGAUAGACUUUGAAAUGUAAAAUGGUGUCACCAUGGGGAUUUAUCCAGAGCCUAGUGAAGCUAAUAACAUAAGGUACCUACUCUCCCUCUAGUACUUUUUAGCUCCCCUUCUGCCCAUUUUUUACUAUUGGAGUUUCAUAGUGUGAGAUAUGAUACCAGCUACUGUAGAUGCAAUAAGAAACCCCAGCUGAUGCUUAUCAAGGUGUUGGUGAAAUGUACCCUCCUGAAAUGGAGAGCCGUAUCUCAUUUUAAUUUUUCCACAAGCAUAGAUACCAAAUCAAAGCAACCCCUUGCUUUGAAGUUCUUAGGGUAUUUUGCUGUUGGCCAUUUAUAAGUUAGGUACAAUUGUGAGUUGUACAACAGAAGUGCAAGGUGAGGGGGUAUAAAUACAUUUAAGAAAACUACAAUCACUAAAAGAUUUCUGUACAUAGGGAAUUACAUAAGAAAAUAGAGAAAAAGAAAGUAAAGGGAAUAAAAUGUAGAACCUACCACACUAAGCAAGAGUAAAAUGGGUCGUGUAACAAAGCAAUGAAAUCUGUAUGCUAAUACAGUAAGGAGAAGAUGUGCCUGUCAGUGAAAUAAUGGGAACACUAGGACUGCAAAAACAAUGGAAAAUGCUGUCAACUAAUCCUGUACAAGGAAGCCCAGGGAUCUUCUAUAUACAUGGCAUUAGACAAUCCAAGAUGUGCAACUCUCCCCUGAGUGUAAAAAGUUGCACAGAAGGAUCAAAGGAUCUUAAAUGUAAUGGAGAUUUCCAUCGGAUUUAGAGAAGGGAGCAAAAAGCUAUUCUGUAAUCCUCUAAAAGGAAAAUACCUUUUUGUUGCAGAGAUGGUAAAGAACAGCUAAUUUGGAACUGGGAUCAUGAAGCACAAGAUCAGCCUGGAUAAGUCCCCUUUCAAAUGACUUGUAAUUUAAAAAAACAUUUUUUUUUGGUUUAUACAUAAAUUUUGUACACAGGAAAAAGCCACUACAGCACCUCAACAUUAUUUUCCUUUCAUCUGAUUCUUUCCAAUACAUAGACUGCAUGCGGAACCACCUUGACAUAUUUUAUGCAGAAACUGUCUAGUCUUAAAACACCUAUUACAGAAAUGUCUAAUGCACAUUAAUGCAUGAUAUUUUUAUUUUAAUAAAAUUAAUUGAAUAUA